AUGCUCAUUAUAACCAUUAUAGAUAUGAUAAAACGCUUGAAUGAAGUAGCUGUGCUACGAGUAAAACGUCGUUCGUAUGCAAAUAUGAAGAAAAGUGCAUUAGCCGUGGAACAGUCGAUAGGAAAAGGCUUUCAUUGUUCUCCGAUGCUCUCUCAUGCUGCGUCAGCCGAGAUGAGAAAUGAGCACUUAUUGGAGUCGGAAAUUUAA